AGGCAUUGCGAGUCAAUAUGGAUGCUUUGAUCGAAACAACACUUCGAUAUACUCAAGCUGUCAAGGGAACGGUACCUCGCACCUUGGCGCAAGAUAGCAAAAUGGGUUCCGUCGAAACAGCUUUGUCACCGGAAGGAGUUGCUGGCGAUACAAAACUUGCCACCUCAACCAUUGUUGAGUUGAAGACCGUGAGCGAACAAGAAGCGUCUGAUUUGAAGAGCGAUUGGACGUAUCCGUGGCCUACAGAUUUCAAGAUUUCCGAGCACCCAGUCGAUGAAGUCCGCAAGCUCAAAGUUGCUGUCGUCGGAGCUGGCUUGGCAGGCAUCACUGCCGGAGCUCUGUUGCCAGCUAAAGUACCUGGCAUUGAUCUGACAAUCCUGGAGAAGAAUACCGACGUUGGUGGAACCUGGUUUGAAAACGUCUAUCCAGGAGUCAGGUGUGAUAUACCAGCCCACGUGUACCAAAGCACUUUUACGCCGAACACCCAGUGGACGGAGGAAUAUGCUCAAGGCAAAGAAAUCCUCGCAUACUGGCAAUCAGUUGCCCGCAAGCACAAAGUAUAUGACUACGUUCGGUUCAAGACAAAAGUCGUUGGGGCAUAUUGGGAUGAACAGCGCGCUCAGUGGAAAAUCGACAGUGUCAACGUCGAAACCGGCAGUUCAGUCUCAGAACACUACGACUUUUUCAUAACUGCGAUUGGUCACUUCAACGACUGGAAGCUUCCAUCGUAUCCCGGUAUCGAGAGUUACAAAGGCCACUUGAGACACAGCUCGAAUUGGGAUGUGAACUUCGAUCCGAAAGGAAAGAGAAUCGCAACUAUUGGCAAUGGAGCUUCUGGUAUUCAAGUCACGACAGAACUGCAGAAGCUUGCUGACCACGUUGUUCACUACGCACGGAACCGCACUUGGAUCGCGGGUAGCUUCAAUCCCGCUGUCAAGGACCGACAAAACACGCCCAUGUAUUUUUUAGAAGAGCAACUCGAGGAUUUCAAGGACCCAGAACAAUAUUUGAAGUACAGGAAGAGUCUCGAGGACAAGUUUUUCAGAGGCUUCGAUAGCCAGCUCGUCGACUCCGACACCUCCAAGAACUUACGUCAGAACUUUAUUGAGGCGAUGCGCGCUCGCACAAAAGAUAAGCCAGAGCUGCUGGACAAUCUGGUUCCCGACUUCCCUCCUAAUUGCAGACGUUUGACGCCAGGUCCAGGAUAUCUUGAGGCGCUAUGUGCUCCGAACUUGGAGUUCGUGCAAACACCUAUCGAGCGUUUCGUAGAGGAUGGCAUUGUGACCACUGACGGUGUCCAUCGCCAAGUCGAUGCCGUAAUCUGCUCGACCGGGGCAAACGUCCAUUACGCACCGCCCUUUCCCAUCGUAUCCGGCGAUGCCGACCUGUCUCGAGAUUGGCGUGCUGGUGGCAAGUUCGGCUGGCCGAGGUCGUACCUUGGAAUGGCCACUGAUGGCUUUCCAAACCUAGCCUAUAUUCUUGGACCAAACCCGGCUGGCCCUAGUGGGACCGUUCCGCACGCAGCCGAGAACCAGAUCACAUACAUUGCCAAGGUCUUGAGGAAGAUCUCCUCUCAAGGCAUACGAACUAUGGCUCCGUCGAAGGCAGCGACGGACGACUUCGUUGCAUACGCUGAUGCCUUCUUUCCUCGCACAAACAUGGCGUUGAAAUGCAGUUCUUGGAGUAAUGGAGGUCGUCCCGGUGCGCGUAUUCAUGGACAUUGGCCCGGUUCCGGCGCGCACGCUACAUACAUCCGGCGGGAACCCCGGUGGGAAGACUUCGAGUAUACUUACGUUCGGCCUGAGAACCGCUUCGCGUACUUUGGCAACGGCCAGACUGCGAAGGAACAGGAUCCCGGGAGCGACAUGACUCCUUAUCUGAAGCUCGAACAAGCCAAUGAUCUGCGCAAUCUGCAUGAGUCCUGGUGGGAUUUGUGAAGACAUUUGCGAAGCCAUUUCUUGUCAAGACUGUGCGGCUUUAACGGGUGUGAAACUGAAGUUGCAAUAAGGUGCGACACUGGAAGGGGUAUCCUGGAUUUACAAGAUUCUGGGUUGCUCGUUCUCACACAGACACGGUAACCAGAGAAUAUUCGAGUUCCAGCGGGCUGAUGAAUGUCUGGCCGGAGCAUGAGGCACUGGGCUAGAACGAAUCGCCACCUCGCUAAAUCCACCACGUAAAUCGCAUAAAGGUGUUGCACACCCGCUAUCACAACGAAUCAUUUCUUCGAAGACACCACACCAGGCAAGAAGCAAC